AUGAGGCGUCAGGACGAUCUAGAUCCGCCUGCUGAUGAUCCUGCACCAGAAGCAUCUACACCAGAUGCACCUGCACCAGAACCACCUGCACCAGAACCACCUGCACCAGAACCACCUGCACCAGAACCGCCUGCUCCAGAUGAAGUCCUUCCUGGAGAAAAUCCUGAAGACAGCACCACUGUUGCAUCAACAACUGAGAGCCCACUGAAGGCAGCUCCUGAAACAUUUUACGUGCCAAUAUACGUACUGACUGCUAUUUUUGGUGCAAUAUUUAUCAUUGGACCUCUUGUAGUCCGUAAAGGGCCGAACAGAGGCUGGACCACUUUGUAUAUAUCACAAAUGAACCCGCUCAUGGGCCCACGUUUACAUAACGCGACCCUAGCUUGGAUAGGACAUAAAUGGGGCAAGGAUCCGAAGUCUCUUAUAAGCCCUGAAGAACUUUGA